CUCAAUAUCUGAUGUGGUAUCGAGACAUGAUCAAAAAUACUGGACUUUGACCUACCGUUGGGUCAGGCUCACGAGGCGGCACUAUUCGGCGGUAUGACGAUGUAGUUGACGAGCUCGCUGGAAGAACCUCUCAACCUCGCGAGGCACUCAUGGUUGCAUAGGAUCUUCAAUAUUCAAAGCAAGAAGAUGAUGGAACCAUCGAUCGUAGAAAAAAAUCAAAACGACAGCUCAACAACUCAUCUCUGACAAUGCCGAGCCGUAAGAAAAUAAAGCCUCCAUCAAAGUUCUAUUUCGUCACAUUGCAAUCCGAAUCCGACGGAUCAGGAUGGCGAAUGAAGAGGUCCCACGCGGCAAGGAGCCAUGCGGCAUAUUGGGGCGGGCCUGCUCAGCAACAACACGAAGCCAACAAGGACGCCUUGAGACAGGAAAAGAACAUCGACUCCAUCAAUGAUGCCGCUGACAAAAUCCCCAGUGUGCUGAGCGACAGCAAAGUUGGAGCGUUUCCUUUGGGACCGAUGACUAUGCAGCGCCGAAGGUCAGCGAGAGCUGAGAAGAUCAAGGACACCUAUGCCAAACCCAUGGGGACCUCCAGAUGUCCGAAGCAUAUUCAACCGAACUACCUACAAUACCUAGUUCCGGCACCUCUUGAUCUUCAGAAGACUGUCUCUUUGUCGACGGCAUUCUUGCCAAUGUUUAAGUUUUUCGGACAGCAAUUUGUUCAGAAAUUCAUAACGAGUGACCACGAAGACUAUUUGAUCAUGUUAAGUGGAUACCUUUUACUCAGUUACGCACAUACCAUGGCCUUGACGGGACAGGGAAACAAAACCAAGCUCCUGCAACUCAAGAGUCAGGUUAUCCAGAGGAUCAGCGCAAAGAUCAAAUCUUCAGGCAACUCACUCAGUCCUCGAUCUUUGACGGGAAUUCUAGCUCUUGGUGCACCAAUCGUCUGCCUAACUUCCCAGGAUUUGCCUCAAUCUUUGAGUAUGUGGGAGUAUAUCAAUGCAUCCCAACAAGGAGACUUUUUGUGCUGCAGAGAUUCCGCCGAAACGGCAAAACGCGCUCUCGAUGAACGACUUGUUCAUCGCCAGGCAAUGCGCAAUCUCUUCUCAAGAAGCAGCGCCACGUUCCAGGAUGUGGACAGCAUUCAUCUACUGGGCUUUGUCUCCAAUUAUAUGAAUGUAUCAUUAGCCAUCGAUGCUGCGGAUCACAUGGAUACUCCACUAGCCAAUAUCGAAGACCUCUUUCCGACUCUUGACGACCUCAAAGAUACUCCUCUGCCUGCCCAGUGGACUUCUCCAUUAACUCACCAGUGGCAUUGUCCCAAGCCUAUAACGCAACCCGAUUCAGAGAUGGUGACACUGGCCGACUUGAUUCAUUGCUGGUUGGCAACCUUUGUUGACGGAGACGGCAACAGCUUGUCACCCACUGACGAACUAUUAAUGAAACGGGCGGAAUUGCGUCGUAAAGCUGAAAUUCACACAGCCGCAGCGCGACCGCCCAGAACCGAAUUGGAAGCUAUGUAUGAGUGUUGUCGAUGGGCAAGUUUGAUGCUGUUGACAGUCGACAAGUUAGCUGUCCCUAUGUAUGUCGCCGCAAGGCAUGUCAAAAUCAAACCAAGACUUAUACGUUGUCUUCGUAUGACUGAUUUGACAAACCUUUGGGGUUUCCACAGAGGCCUGCUCUUCUGGGUGGCGGCUAUUUGCCAGUUCUCGACGGUGGGCCAGUGUUUUCCUCUGCUCUGCACCACCCUUUUUGCGCGUUUUGCGCAAGAGCUUGCAAUGUCGGAAGAUUGUGCUCAGAUCGCGGUCAAGCCUUUGAAGGGGCUGAAACAGUUCGAAGGUCUCUGUUGUCAAGCCAGGCGCUGAAUUCGAUGGUUAAAGCGCCAAAGUGCCGCACGAAUGGACCGCCGGGAUGGGAUCGCACCCGGGGUAGCGAGUGACGCUUGUUCGCAUCAUCCCUUUCAGAAGGUCCAGGCAAAAAGAUUACAGGACAAAUAGAUUGCCCAGGACUGACUCAGCCAGUACGAACGAGGUUGGUCCCAAAACCGCGUGUUUAUACAGGUAAUGAGGACAAUAUAAUGGCACGAAAUACCUCUGAUUUCUUGACCAUGGGCCGACUAAGGACUUAGCAAUGAGCGUUAGUAGGCAUCAAUGGUGUGAGAAGCAGACGCCGCGAGUCUCCCAAGAACAGUUCAUUUGGGUGUCCAGAUAGACUUGUGCUUCCGAGUAAGUGAUGUAUUGAUGUCCAAGAAAAGAUGGGUCUGUCCACGAG